AUGGAGUCCACGGAGGAAACACAAUCCAUCUAUACCGAGUGGGCAAAUGAUCUGCAUGAGAGAUUAGAAAAAUGGGAGAAGCAAUUAACUGGAGAAGGUAACAAAGUUUCAAGGCCUAAAAUACAACGAAUUCCAGCGUACAUGGCUGAAAAGCAUGAGUUUCAAAGAUACUACAGGCCGCAGAUCAUUUCACUUGGUGAGUUUCAUAUAGACGAAACACCUGGGCAAGGACAGCUGUAUAGGCACGCAUGGGCAGCAAUGUAUAUUAAGCAUACUAACCUAAAGCUUGAAGAUUUAUUUAGGGAACUCUCUGGGGAGGACAGAUUGUUCCUGAAACCGAUGUGGCAGAAAUUAUACGAUAGGAAGAUACUGUCCCCACAUGCUACGAUAGUGGAUGGAUGUUGUGUGCUAGAAUUGCUGGAAAAAUCAGACUUGUCAGUUGAUCCAGAGCAAGAGCUCAAGAUUAGCAUGGACAAGCUUGUACGGGUGCACCAGGAUCUGCUUAUCUUGGACAACCAGCUUCCUUUCCAAUUACUCAGGCUCUUGUGUGAGGACCAAGAAAGGCUCCAAAAAUGCCUCUGCAACUUCCUCCAAGUUCAUGGUAUUCAGACAGCACCUAAGCUUCCCAGAAAGAGAACAGAGAAUGAAGAAGUGAAGGUAGCAGUGGAUGGAGAUGGAGAUGAUGAUGAGGACCCCGUCCAUCUUCUUGAUUAUCUGCGGAAGGCCCUCUUAAUGAGAGACCAACACACAUUCUACAAAGAUAUCAACCACAACGAGAUCAAGAAGCGAUCCCUGCACCUCAGGAAGUACAGGAUUGGGACCAUCCGGGAACUCAAGGCAGCUGGGAUUCGUGUGAGAAAAGAUUCCCACAACAACUCGGUGUACCCCAGCUUCAAAGAUGGAAUGCUGCAGCUUCCAGAACUCAGAGUGGAUGGCUCAACACCUCAUAUAUUCUUCAACCUAGUAGCCUAUGAGAUGUGUCCUGAUUUUCACAACAGCUUCGAGAUCAGCUCAUUUUUAGUCUUCAUGAGCUCUCUCAUCGACCAACCGGAGGAUGUGAAGGAGCUGAGAAUGGCCGGCAUAAUUAUCAACGAACUUGCCAAUGACAAGGAAGUGGCCGACCUGUUUAAUAAGAUGGACACCAUUCUUGUGCCUGAGACACCAUGGUUCGCUCACGUCAGAGACCAAAUCCAUUCACAUUUUGAGUCCAAACGAGGUAGGAUCAGAAUGUUGUCUUGGAUGGGAGAGGCCUCUAACACAUUUUUUCGCUCGCCAUGGACCAUCAUUGCUUUGUUGGCUGCCACACUUGGCCUUGUUCUCACAUUCAUCCAGACAUGGUUUGCUAUCCACCCUAAAGCUUCCUAA